AAGGAGACAGUAGCAGUACUUAAUUGGUGGUUGAUCUGAGAAUAUUUUGAUGGAGUCAAAAUGGUUGAUUUAUGCGUUAUUUACACUCUUCUUAUUAGAAGGGCUAUGGUGCCAACGGUGUUGGGACCAAGAGAGAACUGCUCUCCUACAACUCAAGCCUUUCUUCACUAAACCUACGCACCUAAAAAACUGGGAGAGAGGAGAGCAAAAUUUAGAUUGUUGUCAAUGGGAGGGGAUUGACUGCAACUCUACUUCUGGACGAGUCAUAACACUCAAUCUCAAUUACUCAUGGUUCGAAGAAGAAUCUGAUGAUUACAUGUAUACACCAAAUGGCUUUAUGAGAUCGGAGAAUGUCAUGUAUCUAAAUGCGUCUUUGUUUCUUCCAUUUGUGGAAUUGAAGAGUCUCCAUUUGGCUGGAAAUGGAAUAGCAGGUUGCAUGGAAAAUGAAGGUUUUCAUAACUUGUCCAAAGUGGAAGAGUUGAUUCUGGAUAAUUCUAUCCUCCCAACCAACUUCUUUCAUGGCAUUGGAGCAUUGACUUCUCUCAAGGUUCUAUCAUUGUACGGCUGCGAACUCAAUGGCUCCUUAACACUCCAAGGCCUGAGUGAAUUGACACAUCUUGAAGUGCUGGAUGUUAGCUACAAUUAUUUAGGGGGAGCCCUGUCUUCAUGUUUAUCAAAUUUGACUUCUCUCCUAAGCUUAAGCCUCGAUUCAAACAAAUUUUUUGGAGAUAUAGCUCUAUCACCCCUUAACAAAUUGACAUCCCUUCAAUAUCUGUCCCUUUCAGACAAUCACUUCCAAAUUCCCAUCUCCCUUCAACCAUUCUUCAACCAUUCAAAACUCAAGCAUCUUUAUGCUGAAAAUAAUGAAUUUUACAUAGAUACCAACACUGAAUCCUUGGAACCAACUUUCCAACUAAAUACCUUACUUUUGUCUGGUUGUGGAGAUUGUGGAGCAAUUCCAAACUUCCUCUACUCUCAACACAACCUGGAGUAUUUACACCUCUCGCACCUUAACCUAACUGGAGAGUUUCCCAUUUGGUUGUUGGAAAACAACACAAGGUUGAAGACACUUUCCCUGGUUAACAAUUCUCUCUCUGGACCUAUUGAGUUGACAGCUCAUUCUCAUACGAGUUUGGAAGAUCUAGACAUCUCCAAAAAUUUCUUGGAUGGCCAUAUUCCAAUGGAGAUCGGAGCAUCUUCGCCAAGUUUACUAGAAUUAAAAAUUUCAAAAAAUUCUCUUACUGGCAACAUUCCUCCUUCAAUUGGUGAUAUGGAGUCACUGCAAUCUUUAGACUUAUCUCACAAUAACUUAUCUGGUGGUAUACCUGAGAAGUUAACCAUGGGUUGCUCAUCACUACGUUUACUUACUCUAUCAAACAACAAUCUACAAGGCCAGAUUUUCUCUGAGAAAUUUAGCUUAUUCCAGUUGGUGGAAUUACAGUUGAAUGGCAAUCACUUUUCUGGAAGUAUCCCAAAAAGCUUAUCUAACUGCCCCGAUCUGUCUUCAAUAGAUUUCAGCAAUAACAAUCUCUCUGGUAGGAUCCCAAGCUGGAUGGGAAAUAUGUCAUACUUGCAAGAAAUUAUCAUGUCCAAUAAUGGCCUUGAAGGUCCAAUUCCUAUCGACUUUUGUCAGCUUCAAUAUCUUCUAAUUCUAGACCUUUCAAACAACAAUAUUUACAGGAGUCUACCAUCUUGUUUCGGCCCAGGGCAUAUAGUUCAUGUUCAUUUAUCCAAAAACAGGCUAGAAGGAUCACUGCCAACACAGUUUUGUAAGAGCUCUUCUCUAGUAACACUAGACCUUAGUGACAACCAGCUAAGUGGUAACAUCCCAGAUUGCAUCAAUAUGCUUGGUGAGUUGAGUUAUCUUAUCUUGAAGAACAAUAAUCUUGAAGGUAAGAUCCCAUUUCAACUAUGCAAGUUGCAAAAAUUGAGCUUGAUUGAUCUAUCUCAGAACCAUCUUUCAGGCUGUAUACCCUCUUGCCUAAAUCUUACCACGAAUGAGCUAUAUAAUGAGGAUAAUCGUAUUCUUUCUGCCAAUGGUCAAUUUUUUUCUCGACUUUUCAAUGAUACACUUUCUGUUGGUGAACCAGUGCAUUUCACAACAAAGAAUAUGGCAUAUUCUUACAAGGGAAGACUUCUCACCUACAUGUCUGGAAUAGACCUUUCCUGCAACAAAUUGAUUGGUGAAAUUCCUUAUGAAAUAGGGCACCUUAGUAAGAUUCGUGUACUAAACCUGUCUCAUAAUUUCUUGGUUGGUGGAAUCCCAUCUACAUUUUCUAACCUUAAGCAAAUCGAGAGCUUGGAUCUUUCCUACAACAAUUUGAGUGGGAAAAUUCCUCCUGAGCUUGUUGAGUUAUAUUUCUUAUCUACCUUUAGCGUAGCAUACAACAACUUAUCAGGUAAGCCACCAGCAAGGAUCCGACAAUUUGCAACAUUUGAUAGAAGUUGUUACCAAGGUAAUCCUCUGCUUUGUGGGGAACCAAUGAAAAGUUGCUCAACAACAAGUCCACCACCAAUGAUCCAGGAAGGUCCAACCCAGCGCAGAGAAGAUGAUGGUUUCAUUGAUAUGGGUGUCUUCUAUAGAGCAUUGCCAAUUCGGAUCAUAACGGUGAUAAGCUCAGAAACUACUGUCCUGUUGAUGGAUGUUCAAAUUCACUCUAACCCCAAAAAUUCACAGUGCUUUCAUUCCCCUUUUCUAGAUGUGAAGGCCCAGGUUGAUGAUGAAGAUAUGGCUGUCAUGAACCAUAUCAGGUCUGAUGACUGGGUUGUGAUGUUUGAUGAGCAUGGAUUGGAUAUAGGGUCUGAGCGGUUUGCUGAAUUAGUAGGAGAUGCAGGGAGUAACGUAGGGAACUACAACUCACUAAAAGGUUGCUGACAUUGAUGUAUUAAUUUAUGUAUGGAAUUGGAUUUGUUCUUGGUAUCAAUAUUUCUCUGUUCUGUGGCAAGAAUUAUGUAUAGCAAUGAACUUGCUGCUCUGUUUCAAAUAAUUGCUGCCUUGUUGG